CCCGGGACCGCCACAGCCCCGGCCGGGCACGGGCUGAGGGCGGCCCCGGCGGGAGGCAGGGACGGGGAGGGACGGGGAGGGGGGGCUGUGCUAGGAUUGAUGUUCCGGACAGGGUGCCUUAGUGACAUCUUGUGUAUUAGCCAUGAAAAGCCGAGUGGGAGUAAUUGGGUUGGUCAGGAAAGGCGGGGAGUGUCGGCAGAGAGGUGCCAAAGGUUUCUCUGCUGUAACCGAUUCGUUGGUAAUGAUAGUAAAGAAAAAGAGAAAAGAAAUUCAUGAGGAACCUGUACAGAAAAAGAAAAAGGUGAAGACAAUCAUUAAAAUUGAGGAAGAUGUUCAAACUGUCAUUAAAACUGAGGACAAUGGCCACCUCAAGAAAAAAACGAAGACAAGGAAAAAGGACAGUUUAAAAGAUGAAUGUUUACACAAAUUGCAACCAAAGAAUAAUAAGAAAAACAAGAAGAAAGUUGGCUCUGAAUUGCUCAGAGAAGCUCAUUUAGAAAACUUCGUGAAUGUAAAAGGUCAUCUGGAUUUCGAACUUCAAGAAGAAUCAGAGGAACGAAUUAAAAUACUCAAAAAGAAGAAAAAAAAAGUCCGGUGUAAUUUCUCCUUGGAGGAUAAUGAGAGUAGUGCCGUGGAGCUUUCAAAUCAUCACACAGAUGGUGCUAAGAGAAAUGAACCCUCUUUAAAAAAAAAGAGAAAGAAUACUGCUUUGAAUUUGGAAUUGGAUGGUGAGGUAAAGAAGAAAAAAAAGAAGAAAGGCAGUUUUUCACUGGAGGACAUCCAGGACAGUGAACAAAAGCAAUCUGCAGAAGUUUGUAACAAACCCCACACAUGCAUUGCACAAGAAGCAGCUUUUAGGGGUGAAAGCUGUGACACAGAUAAUGCCCAGAAUGGUGGGGAGAGUUGUGUGAGAACAAAGAAGAAGAAAAAGAAAGAUAAGUCUGACUGCAUUUUACCACUGGCAGAUAAUCAGGACAACAUACAUCAAGUUCCUGGUAGCCCCAUUGCAUUAAGUGACUUCAGAAAAAGGAAGAAACAUAAUUCCUGGGAAUUUACAUCGACAAGCAGAGAGGAAGAGGACAAAAUUAAGAACUCUGGGAGUAUCAAAGAGAGGAAGAAGAAAAAGAGAAGCAAAGAUAUUUCUUCCUCAGUCUGUGAAGAAGAUAAGGAGGAUUGGAGUCACAGCAUGCCUUAUAAGCAUCUCCCAGCACAGCACAAAGUUGAGCUUGAGGAAGAAGAGCUGUCUGGAAGAAAAUGCAGGAAGAAUUUCGAGGAUAAUAUUGAAGUCAGCAAAAAGAAAAAGAAGACUAAGAAAAAGGAGAAGGAAACAACAUAUUCAGAAGCCUCUUUAAACAAUGGAAGUGCCUCUAAAAGCCAAAAAGUACUGCUAGAAAGCAAUAAAAAGAAGAGAGAGAGUGAAAUGGAGCAAGCUCAGUGUGUUGCAGGGGACGCUGUAGAUGGGGCAUUAUGCAAUAGUAAUCCUGUGCUCUGUGACAGAAAAGGGAAAAAAAGAAAAAAAGUACCACCACAGGACUUUGCUGAAGAGCUAGGUUCAGAAGCAAAUGCAAAAAAGAUGAAGACAGAAUUACCAGGGAAUGAGUCACUGGAACAUCUAGAUGGUGUAAUUAUUGUGCAGGAAAAGAAAGGAAACUGUGAUGAAAUUAGCAUAGACAAGGUGAGGCGGCAGGCCCUGCAAGAAGAAAUUGAUAGAGAAUCUGGCAGAACCAAGGCCUUCAGUUCCACAGUGGGACAGGAUACGAAGCUCGGACAGUGGAGUACAGCUACUUUCAGAAGUUCUGAGGAACAAAUGAAGUUUUUUAGACUUAUGGGUGGCUUUAAAAAGGGUUCUGUGCCUAUCCAAAAUCUCUCAGCAACUAUGAACAAACCAAACAUGGCUCUGAACAAGGAAGGGGAGGAGAAGUUACAGCAGGCUCUGAAGAUGGAGUUUGAUAAAGCAAUGGACUUGAAGCAACACAGAGGAAUUGGUCUCGGAUUUCAACCUACUGCCAACAAAAAAGUAUACAUAGACAAAUACACAUCUAGAUCUAUAAAACUUGAAGAUUAAAACUCUUGAAAUAAUAAAAAGAACAAAAUUUGUUUUUACUUUCCACAUCUUUGUACUUGAAAUAACAAAAUGCCCAAGAAAUUUAGUUUGUGAGGUACUUGAGGUACAAGGUUUCAACUGCAUAUACCAGUGGAGCUGGGUCCACACUUCAUCUGAACAGUAAAGUUUUGAAACCUUCACCAUGUUUGUUCUACAAAGCAAGAGACAGCCUCCUUCAAAGACUGAAGAUGAGUGCCAUGCCUGCAAUUAGCUGGAAUUUGGUAAUUUUUUUUAAAUGCUGAUUUAAUAAACUUACUGUUAUCU